CUUUCUUUUAUUGUUUUCAAAACUUUGGAGGAACAAAAAAGAGCAGAAAAGAAAAGAAGAGGAAAAAAGGAAAAAAACCUUUCUGCUUGAAUUAUAUUUGUAAUCUACAAUUUCCCGGUAGCCAAAGACACCCGUCGUUUAGCAAAGUCCAAUUGCAAAGAUCCUAAGCCUAAAUUCCAUGCAUAUAAACAGAAGAAUGCGAAUCAAAACUGUAUUCCUUUUCAGCAAAGCGGGAGCUUCAAGUCUUGUGCUCAGUUAAGGCAUCACCUACGGGGAAGAUCUUCAGCCCUGAAACUCCAUAUCAUGGAAGGUGGAUCCCCAGACCAAGAAUCUAUAGGGUCUGGGACUAAAAGGUCUAGUGUAUCAUCUGGGAAGUCUCGUAACCGCAAGGAGUUUCUCUAUAGGUUUGUGGACAGUGAAAUUCUGACUGCCAAACUUGAGGACUGGUUCGAAUCCAUAUUGGUAAAGUCAGCAACAGAAAAAUCUGCAUUUGAUGUCCCUUUUGAGUUGAUAGAACUGCAAAAGUUUGAUUAUGCAUUGGAAGGGGUUUCAUUUCAGCAGCUGAUUAGAAUGCCCAAUGCUAUAUAUGGUUCAACAUCUGAUGCCGUGGAAGCAACUGCUUAUCUAGCUAUUGAAGAUUUUCUACAUGCAAGUAUGAAGGGUUUGUGGGAAGCAUUUUGGAGUGAGGAUGAUCCUAUGCCUUUCUCUGUUGCCUGUCUAUACAAUGGAAACUUAAAAUUCUACCAGGCGGAGAAAGCAAUAGCAAAUGGCAAGCUUGGAGGACUUGGUGCUACUGGCAUAUUGCUGAACAACCCUAGACAUCCACAUGGGAAAUGGGACCAAGUUCUUGAACUGGCACUUUUGAGGCCUGAUAUUAGAAGCCUUUCUGUGGGAAGUGAUCAAUUGCCUUCAUUAUCUGUUUUAGGUGAGGCUCUCUUAUAUGCUAUACGCAUGCUAUUAUCAAGAAGCUCAAGCAGAUUGAGCUUUUCUGAGUGUUCAAAUUGUGUCUUUAUUCUUCUUGUUGAUUCUCAAUAUGGUGGGGUCGUUAAAGUUGAAGGAGAUGUAAAUAAAAUGGAUUUUGAUGUGAAAAAUGUUUAUGAGUGUUCAGCGGAGUGGAUAAAAGAUCAUUGUAGAGUCUCAGUCUCUCCGAUUGAUAGGAUCUGGAACAAGCUUGGAAAUGCCAACUGGGGAGAUAUUGGUGCUCUACAGGUACUUUUUGCAACAUUCCACUGUAUUAUCCAAUUUGCUGGGAUGCCAAAGCAUUCAAUUGAAGACUUAGCAGCAGAUCAUGGCUCUCGCUUACAAACAAGAAGAGUGGAACGGCAGUUGGGGGAUACCAGAGUCAACGGAAAUGGCCUCUUUCGGUUUCAGCAUUGUAGUGGAUCUCCUGAAAUUGUUGAAGUUCAGGAUGAAUCCAUCAAAGUCAAGUCUGAAGGGUUAAUAAUGAAGUUGGAUGUAGGGUCUGUGUUGUGGUUGGAGGAUGCAGAACAACGAAGGGGUUAUCAGAUUGCUGAUGUCCUGCAUAAUGGAGAACUACAGUAUUACAUCGCAUCACCUGUUGAAGAUCCAGGUAAAUCCCUAUUCCUUUUUGUAGGUUCCCAUCCUUCUCAAUUGGAGCCAGCAUGGGAAGAUAUGAAUUUAUGGUAUCAAGUUCAAAGGCAGACUAAAAUAUUGACCAUUAUGAGACAGAAAGGUCUGUCUAGCAAAUAUCUACCACAGUUGAGUGCUUCUGGCAGGAUUAUUCACCAAGGCCAGUGUCGCAAACCCAGUUCAGGGGGAAACUGUGAUCACCCAUGGUGUGGUACCCCAAUUCUUGUGACCAGUCCAGUUGGUGAAACAGUUGCUGAUAUGGUAAGUGCAGGCAGGUUUGGUUUGGAUGAGGCUAUCAGGUGCUGUCAUGAUUGCUUAUCAGCACUUGCUGUUGCCUCUUCUGCGGGCAUUCGUCAUGGAGCUAUCAGGCCAGAGAAUGUAAUUUGUGUGAGAUCUGGUGCAAGGCAUCCUUAUUUUGUGCUUAUUGGCUGGGGUCAUGCAAUUCUUGAAGACAGGGAUCGCCCUGCCAUGAAUCUCCACUACUCUUCAACUUAUGCUCUACAAGAGGGAAAGUUGUGCUCAGCUUCAGACGCAGAAAGCCUGGUGUAUAUGCUUUAUUUUUCCUGUGGUGGUCCUUUGCCUGAUAUGGAUUCAGUUGAGGGGGCACUGCAAUGGCGAGAGACGGCUUGGUCAAGGAGAUUAAUUCAGCAGAAGCUUGGUGAUGUCUCAACUGUGUUGAAAGCAUUUGCUGAUUAUGUAGACAGUCUAUGUGGGACGCCAUAUCCAAUUGAUUAUGAUAUAUGGCUGAGAAGGUUAAGGAGAAAUAUUCAUGACGAAGACCACGGGAAGGGAGUUGACACUUCAGGCUAGGACCUUGUCGACUGGCAAAAUUAGCGAAAUACAAACCCUUCGCUCAUCUAAGCUUAUUUUUUCAACUCCUUGCUCCAACAUUAUGGAUGUUCCACGGAAGUCUCCAAUACUUGCUUGAAGUACAAAGAGAAAAGUUUGAGAAGGGUUUGGGGAGAUAUCUCUAAAGAUUACUUUGGAGGUCACGAGAUGAACUCCACACUCUGCGGAUGUUGAAAUAUCUUUGGUGAGUUGUUAUAGAUAUAUAUAUAUAUAUAUACAUUGUAUUAUUUGCUCGCAUUUCUUUGUAAAGAUAUAAGUUAUGAUGAUUGUCCUGAAAUUUGUAUCAUCUCAACUCUCUGCAUUGCCAGGUACAGUGUUUUGCAUGAAUUUCUUGAUUGGGUUUGA